UUAUUCUCAUCCUUGCAACAUCUUAAAGAGGUAAUUAUGGAUGAUCAGGCGAAACUUUUGAAUUCGUUGCCAAAAUAUUGUUCGUGGCAAGAUCUACAACAAUAUUUUGCUACUUCCUCUAAUUCUAUGAUCGUCUUAUCUCUCAUUCUCCUCAUUCUCUCUUUAUAUGUGUUUAAUACUAUUAUAAGAGGUCGAAAGCUGAAUCUUCCUCCAUCCCCAACAAGGCUACCAAUAAUUGGCAACCUUCACCAGCUAGCAGGCGCACUCGGCCUCCACCGAUCUUUCCGCGCCCUGUCGGAGAAGUACGGUCCUCUAAUUCUCGUCCACGUUUUCAAUGCGCCGACCCUCGUAGUUUCCUCCGAAGAGAUGUCAAGAGAGGUCUUGAACAAUUCUGCUUUCCUAGACCGGCCCCUAUCAAAGGCCACCAACGUUCUUUUAUACGGAAGUGAUAUAGUUUUUUCGCGAUACGGUGACUAUUGGAGAGAAACAAAGAAGCUCUGUGUUGUUGAACUGUUGAGCCUCAAGAGGGUACGAGCUUUCCGCUACGUGACGGAAGAAGAAGUUGCGACGAUGACGGAAAACAUUCGCGGUUCUUGUUCCCAGUCAGAAGGCGUUCCAGUAGAUCUUAGUAAGAUGUUUCUCGCUAUCGCAAGCGACAUAGUUUCAAGAUGCGCACUUGGCGGCAAGUAUGAAAGGGGAGAUGGCCGUGAGAGUUUCGGAGUUGUGUCAUCGAGGGCAAUGGAACUACUCGUAUCAUUCAGCUUUGAAGAUCUUGUGCCUUCCCUUGGGUGGAUCGAUGUUCUUACAGGAUUUAACCGAAGAAUAAGAGAGACUGCCAAAGAACUUCACAGUCUACUUGAUCGAGUAAUAGAGGAACAUAAAGAGAGAAGUGGUGAUAACCAAUCUGAUAAGAAAGACCUUGUCGAUAUUCUUCUCCAUGCUCAAAAGAAUGGUCAACUUCAAGUUAAUCUCACUCAAGAAAAUAUCAAAGCAAUUCUGAUGGACAUGUUUAUUGGUGGAACGGACAACAACACGGCGGCGAUGGAAUGGGCCAUGGCAGAGCUUGUGAAAAAUCCGAAUUUGAUGAGAAAAGCACAAGAAGAAGUGAGAAGAGUGGUGGGAAACAAAUCAAAGAUAGAUGAGACUGAUAUUGAUCAAAUGGAGUUCUUGAAAUGUGUAAUAAAAGAGGCCUUACGAUUGCAUGCUCCUGUUAUGAUCCCUCGUGAAACAUCUGCCCUUGCUAAGUUGAAAGGCUAUGACAUUCCUGCUAGAACAAGAGUUGUGAUAAAUGCAUGGGCUAUUCAAAGAGACCCCAAAAUCUGGGAAAACGCAGAAGAGUUUAUUCCAGACAGAUUUCUAAACAACAACUCAAAUAAUGCUAUUGAUUUCAAGGGUAAUCAUAGCCAAUUUAUUCCCUUUGGUGCUGGUCGUAGAGUUUGUCCUGGAAUUAUGUUUGCGAUUGCCCAAGUUGAGUAUGUGUUGGCUAAUUUACUUUAUUGGUUUGAUUGGAAGUUGCCUCCUGGUCAAAAUUUGGAGAAUUUUGACAUGACUGAGACUGGCCUUGCUGGCCUCACAAUUCGCAAGAAAAUACCUCUUCAUCUAGUGCCAGUAAUGUUUUCUCCUUCAUCUUAAUUAAGCAAAUAAUUCUGCUGGAUUUGUAUGAUAUAUCUUUCUUAAUUUCAUGUCAAUCGUCUUGCAUUUGUCGUUUGUUUUAUAAUUUCUUAAUAGCAUAUUUCACUUUUCGUGUAUCUCCCUAGCUAAGACAGCUAUAGUUCAUAUGUAGAGUCGUUGUCUUUUUUUUUUUUCUUUGACAAUAAUGUAAGUGUAUGAUGCAUCGGAAUGGAAUAGAUCAAUAUAACUUCAUGGCUAAGUGGA